AUGGUUACGAAGCCGAGCGGCAAGUACCGGUUUUGUUUAGAUUUUCAAAAAGUUAACGGCGUUUCGAAGAAGGAUGCGUAUCCGUUGCCGAAUAUGAACAGCAUCAUAGACAAAUUGAGGUCUGCGCAUUAUAUCUCGACAAUUGAUCUGAGCCAGGCGAACCUUCAAAUACCAUUGGCGAAAGAUAGUCGAGAGAUUACUGCGUUUAGCGUCCCGAGCAAAAGUCUAUACCAUUUUACGAGAAUGCCGUACGGAUUAACAGGAGCUCCCGCGACUUUUCAACACGAUAUCGUGAUCGUAACGCCGAACUUCGACAAACAUUUAGAGUGGCUCGAGCGGGUUUUGAAUAAACUUACGGAUGCCGGUCUUACGAUUAAUCCCGAGAAGUGUGAAUUUUGCCGUUUACAAUUUGCGACCGUCAGCAAGCCACUCACGCGAUUAUUGAAGAAAGACGAACGCUGGGAUUGGGGAAGCAAACAACAACAGGCAUUCGAACGGAUUCCCGCGCAAUUAUCCUCGGCUUCGACCUUGUCAUAUCCGAACUUUAACGUUCCGUUUAUUUUGCAAACAGACGCGAGUUCUGUCGGCCUUGGUGCCGUACUUAUACAACAGGUCGACAGCGUCAAAAAUAUUAUUGUUUUUGCGAGUCGUGCGUUAUCUGACCCCAAAAAAAAGUAUUCUGUCACGGAGCAAGAAUGCCUAGCAGUGAUAUGGGCGAUACAGAAAUUUAGACCGUAUUUAGAGGGAUAUAGAUUCACCGUCGUGACAGACCAUAGCGGCUUGCGUUGGUUACACAAUCUUAAGAAUCCAACGGGGGCCGUCGCAGACAAAAUAGAAAUGGCCGAGGACUCUCUGGACCCGUUGUAUAUUAAGCGUUUCCGCAAGAGAGCUGAACACCCGAAGAUAUUUACCGAUUGGAAAGUUGUAGUUGGGGAACUGUAUUACUGCCGCCCGCGCGCCACAACAUCCGAGGUCAUAGAGGACUUAAAUCAGUGGAAACUAGUUUUACCGUCGGAACUAAGAGAGGAGGCCCUACGCAAAUCGCAUGAUAACCCUCAAGCGAAUGUGCCAACGUACCAAAAGGUACUCGAGCAGGCGAGUCCGGCGGGACUAAUGGGCCACCGCAUGAUGGAGGCGCCAUGGAUGAUGAUAGCCGCCGAUAUAAUGGGUCCGCUGCCCAGAAGUAAAUCCGGUUUCGCGUACAUUCUGGUCAUUCAGGACUUAUUUACGAAAUGGGUUGAGUGUCGCGUUUUAAGAGCCGCAAACGGGAAAAAGAUUAGAGAAACUUUAGAAGAUCUAAUUCUAUCACGGUGGGGGACGCCAAAAUUUUUAGUUACGGAUAACGGUACGGAGUUUGUUAACCAAACAUUGCCAGCGUUUGCACAAGAAUAUGGAAUAACGCACACCACGGUUCCGCCGUAUUAUCCUCAGGCAAAACCCCGUGGAGAGGAACUUAGAACAGGCUCACCGAAAACAAGCGACUUAUCCUUUGGAAAGGGAGAACUCGUGUUGAAGAAACAACACACCUUAUUUUCUGCGGCUCAUAAUAUCGCCGCAAAACUUUCACCUAGAUUUGCAAGAAUCGCAAAAAGUUUGUCGCCGGUUUAUGAACUCGCAAAGUUAGAUGGUACUCCCGUGGGGAAGGUGCACAUUAAGGACCUUAAAUCCUAUCGUUUUGCGGACCCCGACCAACCUCCUGGCCACCCUCAACUUGUUAGAUUCUGCCGUCUCGAGCUUCAGAAACUUGUAGAGAUACGGACCAACGAAGGUGAAGGAAUGGCGGAACAGUGGCGAAAGGAGUGCAUAGCCACCGCAUUCGCGGAUCUAUUAAGGAUGAUCGGGCGGGAUACGCCGCAGCCGUGA